AUUUAUGGUAGGUUUCUGUCUAUGGUAGUUUGAAUGCUUUAAAGCUCUUUACCAGAAUGCUUAACAAUGCGAACUCCAGAUAUAGGCAGGCGUGAGUUAAAUUGUUCUCACAAACGACGCCUAAGUAAAAUCAUUACAAUUCAGGACCAUGUAUCAAAUAAGGGUUGUAUUCCUGAAAGUCUGUAGAGAGAAUAUGUUGUCAUUGUACGUGCAUCUAGUGACAAUAGCAGAGUUGAAGACGAAAAAUCUACACUGCUUGGGACCUGAGUGAGAGCAGAAAUUUGCCAACUUUCUGAAAUGUUUGAACAUCACAUCAUAUUAUUAGAUAAGAACCACUUGCAAACUGUUAUAAACCAAUCUCUAAGACAAUUUAAUAUGUCUGGAAAUCUACACUCACCACUUCAAACUCCUACUAGAAUGUUUGUUAAACCAUUGUAUCCUGUGGUAACUGGACAUAGGAGCUGUAGUGAAGGAUCUUUUCGAGGGAAUUACUCAGGAUGGAAAUGGAAAAGUUGUACAAAACACCAUCAUUUCGUCCAGAAGUAAUAUGUCAAGCAUUUAUGCCAACUUUAAAGGAAUUAUUCAGGUUAUAUCCUGAGUCUCUGCCUUUUCGCCAUCCAGUUGAUGCAGCACAAGUGCCAGAUUAUUAUGAGAUAAUAAAAAAUCCUAUAGAUUUGUCAACAAUAAAAUUCAAGCUGCAAAUGGGACUGUAUCAAGAUCCAUGGCAGUACAUUGAUGAUAUGUAUCUGAUGUUUGAUAAUGCAGAGGUAUACAAUAAGAAAACUUCAAAGGUUUACAAAUAUUGUUCAAAGCUUUCAGAAGUUUUCCGAAGUGUGAUAGAUCAGCCAAUGCAGUCACUGGGUUACUGCUGUGGUCAAAGAUAUGCUUUCGAAGCUCAAGUUCUCUAUUGUGCACAGGCAUGCUCUAUACCUGUUGGUGCUAUUUAUUGGGAAGAAAGCAAUGGGAUCAAAUAUUGUCAGAAAUGUUUCUCUAAAAUUUCAGAAGAUUGUACACUUGGAGAUAAUUCUGUUGAACCAUUAGUUAAUAGUUUAAAGGCAAAACAGCUUCAAAAAAUGAAAAAUAAUUUCUUGAAACCAGAACCAUUUAUUCUCUGCAAAAACUGUAACAGGAAACAACAUGAGAUAUGUGUCUUAUAUCUGGAAAUUAUGUGGCCAGAAGGAUUUUUGUGUAACACCUGUUUAGAGAUUAAAGGAAAAUGGAGGAGAGAAAAUAAAUUUACAGCUGAAAAACUGCAGAAAACAGAGCUAGGGUUGUAUCUUGAAAGCCAUGUGAACAGUCAUUUAGAGAAAAUGAAAUGUGGUGCAAGUAGAGUUAUUAUACGUGUCCUGUCAAGUUCUGAAAAAUCUGUUGAAGUGAAACCUGAAAUGAAAUCUAAAUUUUUUGAGAAUGAAGAACAGCCUGUGCAGUUUCCUUACAGAGCAAAAGCUAUAUUUGCUUUUCAGAGAAUUGAUGAUAUUGAUGUGUGUUUUUUUGGCAUGUAUGUCCAAGAAUAUGGCUCAGAGUGUGCUUUUCCUAAUACACG